AUCGUAGAUCUACUUGUUGUUGUGUUUAGUAUUCGCGGUUAAAAAUUUUUGUUAACCUCAAAUUAUUGUUGUCAAUUUUUGUUUACAUAAAAGAUAAUAAAUUCAAAAAAUGUCCGAGCCGCAGAAAAAAAAAUUCAAAUCGUCAAAUUUAAUUGACGAACUCGAGCAGAAGAGGGAGAAUACUGCGAGUUCAAUUUUGAAUUUUCCAUUCAAUAAAAAGCGCGUAAAAGUUUUGUCUGCCGUUGACGAAGUCGCUAAAAAUUCAAAGGGAAUUCUUUACUGGAUGUUUCGUGAAGGCAGAGUUCAAGAUAAUUGGUCAUUUUUAUUUGCACAAAAACUCGCGCUAAAAAAUAAAUUACCGCUGCAUGUUUGCUACUGCAUUUUACCAAAAUUCCUUGACGCAACUUUGAGACACUACAAGUUUCUUGUUGAAUCACUCGAAGAAGUUUCAAAUGAUUGCAAAGAUUUGAAUAUAAGCUUUCAUCUUUUACAUGGAACUCCCAAUGUCGUUGUUUUGGAUCUGGUUAAAAAACACAAAAUGGGCGCGCUUGUUGUUGAUUUUUUUCCACUGCGAGUUCCCAGCGGUUGGGUUGAAGAUUUAAAAAAAUCAAUUCCAAAAGAUGUACCUCUUUGCCAGGUUGACGGGCAUAAUUUAGUGCCUUGUUGGGUAGCAUCAGACAAAUUAGAAUACGGAGCACGAACAAUAAGAGGAAAAAUAAACACAAAGUUACCUGAGUACUUGACUGAAUUUCCGCCUCUAAUAAAACACCCGCAUGAUAGCGCAUUCAAGAUACCAACGAUCGAUUGGGAAAAUGCAUUGAAAGAUGUCCAAAUAGAUCGUACUGUUGAUAAAGUUGACUGGUGCAAACCAGGAUACAGAGGGGCAUUGAUGGAAUUGGAAUCAUUUAUAACAAAACGUUUAAAAAAUUACAAUGCUAAGCGUAAUGAUCCAACACACGAUGCUCUGAGCAAACUGUCACCUUGGUUCCACUUUGGACAGAUAUCAGUACAACGAGUUAUCCUGGAAGUAAGAGAAUACAAGAAACAGUACAAGGAAUCCGUUGAAAACUUUAUGGAGGAAUCAAUUAUCCGACGUGAGCUGAGUGACAAUUUUUGUUUCUACAACAAAAACUAUGACUCGGUUGAAGGAACCAAUGCCUGGGCUCUUGAGUCAUUGAACCAGCACAGGAAGGACAAGCGGGAGUACAUUUACACUCGCGAUGAGCUGGAGAACUCGCAGACACACGAUGAUUUGUGGAAUGCUGCCCAGAACCAGAUGGUCAGGGAGGGAAAGAUGCAUGGGUUCUUGAGGAUGUAUUGGGCCAAGAAAAUUUUAGAGUGGACUCCGUCACCAGAAGACGCUUUGGCUUGGGCGAUUUUUCUCAACGACAAGUACAGCAUGGACGGACGUGAUCCCAAUGGUUACGUCGGGUGCAUGUGGUCCAUCUGCGGAAUCCACGACCAAGGAUGGAAGGAGAGAUCAGUGUUUGGUAAAAUUAGAUACAUGAAUUACAAAGGUUGCGAAAGGAAGUUUGACGUUAAAGCUUUUGUUAGAAAGUAUGAUGGUAAAAUAGUUAACAAAAAAAAUGACAUAUCAAAAAUGUUUAAGAAAAAAUAAUAAAGCUCACGUACACCGGUUCCUAAUUUAUUUGCAUUAUUUAUAGUUUACAUGACCACAAUAUUUUUAUUUAAUUAUUACGUAAUAUUCAAGUUCAGAAAUUAAAAAAAAAAUUAAUAUUUUAAAAAAAUAUAUUAUGCGUUUAUCUUAUAAAUUAUUAAAUUAAAUACCUCAUUUUUUCUGAACUAUUUGACUGAGCGCUUCCGCAGGAACUGAUUCCAAAGAUUGAAGAGAAACCGCAGCUGCUUGGAGACCAAGUGUGACACAGGAUUCAUCAUCCAUUUGCUUCAGCAUUCCAGUUAUUAUUCCAGCAGCUAAACAAUCUCCACAUCCACUUACGCUAAAUUUCUUUCGCGUCAACUCUCGCUUGUCAAGUUUCAUCAAAGAUGGAUAAAAUUUACUUUUUACUUGACAUUGAUUCGAAAUACUCCUUUGGAGAUCAAGUAAAUCGUGCAAUUCAUUCUGCUCUGAAUUUCUCGCAAC